AUGUCGUCCGCACCGCCAAGAGCCACGGUCGAGGAUUUCGAGGACCCCGACGACCCCUACGCCCCUUACCAGCCACGGCGGAGCGGACGCAGCGGCUCGAGGGGCGCACGAUCAUCCACAGCCGCUUCGAGCUCCAGCACCUCGCAGACCUCUUCCAGAUCCACUGCUUCGUCUUCCUCCACACACGCAUACCCGAACGAUGCCCGCUCAGCCGGCUCGUCUCGGACGUCCGAUAUGCGCAGCAGCUAUGGCCAGAACAGCACAGCCUCGGACAUCUACGAGCGGUCUGCGUCGUCGGGAACACAGGGCUCCUUCCCACGAGAGGGCGGCGAUGAAGAGCCUCUCUUUGGCGGUCGGCCCUUCCGAGACGCGCAUGACCCUUCCGCAGCCGCCGAAGCGACGUCGGGCGACCCGAGCCGAGCUACGGACAAGGAGUAUCUCUACGCACUUCUCAAUGUGCCUUCGGAUGCGUCGGCAGAGGCGAUCAAGGAUGCCUACCGCGCACUCGCCGUAGUGCUGCAUCCGGACAAGCACAACGACCCCGCCAGAAAGAGCGCCGCCGAGUCGCGCUUCCGCGAAGUCCAGCGCGCCUACGAGAUCCUCUCGGAUCCAGAGAAGCGCACCGUCUACGACUAUUUCGGAGAAGAAGGGCUCAAGUCGUCCUGGUCCGUCGCCGUGCGUGGUAGGAGCCCGCACGAGAUGCAGGCCGAGUUCGAGAGGGAGCGCAGACGCAAGCAGGCCGCCGAUGCCGAGGCGCUCGUCAAGAGCAAAGGCGACUUUACCGCACACAUCGACGCCACCGCGCUCUUCGCUCCUGCAAGUCGCAUCCCGCGUCGCCAACCAUCUCAGCCUCGAGUGCCAGCGGUCGGCAAGGAUGCCCAGCCUGGCGUUGCCCCCGAUACCUCGGCUGACGCUGGUAUCGCAGCAAUGCAGGGUCUGGGUGUCGCCGGCUUCCCACGCACCGUCACCAUGGCCGAGCGCAUCAGCCGCGUCGGCUGCACCCAGCUCAUCGGCAAGCACGGCUUCGAGACGCAGGUCACCAACCGCACCUCGGCCACCUUUUCCGGACAGAUGGUCAGUCGCAACGGCCUCGGCGGCGGCAACCUCGUCGGCACGCUCAAGACGCACUGGUCGCCGCGCCUCUUCACCGAAAUUACCCUCUCCUUCCUUCGCCCGCAGAUCAUCACCACCAAGGGCCAGUUCACCCUCGACGCCAACUCGUUCUUCUCGUGGCAGUCGACGAUGCAGACGUUGCUCAUGCCACCCACCUUCAACCUCACCUACGGCCAGCGCCUCUCGUCCAAGUCGACGCUCACCGGCUUCACCACCGUGCGCAGCGGCACCUACAGCCUGCUCGGCUGGGGCGCCGAGGUGCCCGGCCAGACGCUCGUGCGCCGAGAGCCUGCGGCUGUGUCCGUCGGACUCACCAAGCAGAUCGGAGAAGGACGCGGCUGGACAACGCAGACGAGCAUCUCGCCCGUAGACCAGAACAUCUCGGUCGACUAUGCGCUGCCCGUGCUCGGCGGCGUCAAGCUGCGCAGCGGCUUCAACAUCGGCACUGGCUCGGGCCUCUCGGCAUUCACAUCCGCCGAGCGUCGGCUGACGGAAAACGUGCGCCUUGCACUCGGCCUCAACUGCGCCUUACCCGUCGGCGGCGUUACGCUGCGCAUCAAGGUCAACCGCCUCGGCCAGAAGAUCGCGCUGCCCAUCCUGCUCGCGCGCGAGUUCAGGUCGGAUCUCGUGGUGCUCUUCACCGUUGUUCCGGCAGCAGCGUACACCGCGUUGCACUGGGGCGUGCUCGAGCCGCGCAAGCAGCGCCGCCUGCGAAAUCGGCUCGGCGAGCUGCGCGCUGCUAAUAGCGAUCUCAUUCUCGAGCGGCGACAGGCGGCGCUCGAUGCGCUGGCGCUGCUGCGCGACCAGGCCUCCAAGAAGGCGCGCUCCGAGCUCGCCCGAUCGGGCCUCGUGAUCAUCAGUGCCGUCUAUGGCCGGCGCGAUGCCUUCCCUCCCGCGCUCGACGCUGGAGCGGACGCGGCACAGGCAGCCUCGCAGGUGUGGUCCGAACCGCCGGCGCUACCGGUAGACAACGAGCAGGCGGAUGUGCAGAAUGAGGCGUACUGGGAUGCCACCAUCGCCGUGCAGGCGCUCGUGAAUCACUCGCAACUCAUCGUGCCCGCCGCACGCUCCAAGUCGUAUCUGCUCGGCUUCCACGAUCCGGUCAUGGGCGAGAAGAAACACCUGCGCGUCACCUACGCCUUCCGCGGCCAGCUGCACCAGGUCCAGGUGCAGGACCUCGCCGAACUCGCCAUGCCCAUGCGCAUCCACCAGCUCUCCUAG